AUUUCAUGAUUUGGUGCCAUAUAUGGGACUAUGAAGCUCCACAACAGACCAAACACAGAAUGGCAAUAGAGAGUGAUCAUUUUCUAGAACACGGGAUGUAGACAGAAAAUGAUGUUGAUGAUUUGAAUGUUUUGAUCAUGGAGGAAAAGAAGACCUCAACGGAUAGCUCAGGAGAAGAGGAGGAGGGUCCUGUUAGGAAACGGCCGAGGUCAGAUGCUGAUAAUGAAAGUUCUACAGAAACAGGAGACAAACAGGCUGGACCUUCAGAUCCAAGGGGAACAAUUAGCCAGGAGAGGAAGAAUUCAGAUUUCAACUUCUCAGACAAUGUCGUAGAUGGUUUCAAUGUUUUGAUCAUGGCAGAGAAGGAUACCUCCACAAAUAGCUCAGACGAGGCCAUGGGCGACACAUCCAAAGAUAACUCAGACGACGCAAUGAGCAACAUCUCCAAAUAUAACUCAGACGACACCAUGAGCGACACCUCCAAAAAUAGCUCAGAUGACGCCAUGAGCGACACCUCCAAAGAUAGAUCUGAAGACGAGGAGCAGGGUCCUGUUAGGAAACGACCGAGGAUAGAUGCUGAUAAUGACAGUUCUACAGACCUGAAAGACAAUGAACUUGGAUACUCAGAUCAAAAAGGGUCCACCAGCCAGAAGAGUGAGAGCUCAGAUCCGUUACCUGAUUUAACAAAGGAUCAGCGUGUCGUUCUCUACACUUUGUUAUUGUGUGAUGCUUUCUUGGAUGAAGAUAUGAAUGAUGACGCCACUAUGGGUGAUAUUGAUGUCAGGAAGACAUUGAGUGAGUUGGAGAAGAAAGGACUGGUGGAAUGUGACGGUGACAUUAUACUUAUCAGCUAUCUCCGAGAUAAAGAUGUAACGAGAUCUUACCGAGAGAACUGUCUGCUGAGUGACAUAGAUAAAGACUUCUACAUACAGGUCGCUUCAGAUAGUUCCCUAAAUAUAUACACCUCAGAGUAUCUCCUUCAAUCUAAUUACACAGAACAGUCAGUGGACACCCCUAUAACGGUGAUGAGACUGGUUGUUGAGGGACGAGCACAGGGUGUUAUGAACGAGGAUUUUGAAGACGACUUUUCCGAAAUGUUCCAUGAGGUCUUCGCUGUUGAGGAGUUUAAAACAUUUAUACAAGAGUGGUGCAGAAUAAAGAACUUAGACCUUAUAGUGUGGGCAAAUGGAAUUUCAUACGAGGAAGCUGUAAGAUUUAUAUCAGCAUAUACAAUCCUAGGAAGAUUUGAGAAAGGAUUUACAGAAUUGGCAUCUGACAUCAAAAAGUGGAGCAUAUUAUUAAUGAUUUUGAUGUCUGAAAACUAUACCAUCAGUGUAAAUGCCUUGCGGGAGAAUAGACUUAGGAUAAUUCAAGGAGUAUUCCCUUGUUUAAGGGAAUUACAUCAUCAAAUGUGUACAACUGAAGCUGUCGAGGUGAUUAACGAUCUGGUGUACAACGACAAGGUAUUAACAAUGAAUGGAGAUGGUAGUAGCGGGACUGUGGGGUUUGUAUCAGAUGAUGUCCGUCAUCAGGUGAUGGGUCACUUUGUUCUGGCUUGUCUGAAAAUUGACGAGGACUAUCAAAACUACAUUAAUCUGUCGUCUGUAGAUUCGUUGAUGGAGUAUGUCCGUACAUGGUGGUAUUCUCCAGAUGAGAGAGAGCGAUACAUGUAUCUACCGGAAAGGAUGAAUAAGUUGUUUAUCAGAAGACUGGGGAUAGACGUAAUACGACACGUCAUGGUGGAGGAGAGAGAGGACAGAGACUGUGGUGAUAGAUUCUUUGGAGUAAGAAAGAUGGUGUCUGAAAUACUGAAUAUCCCACUUGGUGUAUUUGGAGAAUGUCGGGAUACAAGAGUCCGUUUGUGGAGUUUUGUAAAGACAGCAAUACAGGAACAAGGUGUCUCAAAUCCAUGGAUUUACAAUACCCUUAUUGGAUCGUUUAUGAUUGGAGACAAUUCACCUGUAUCGAAAGAUGUGCUACCCUGUAUAACAUCUAUGAAGAAAUGGAGUAUUCUCGUCGUUAUCUUGAUGUCAGUUGACUACAAACUGGACGUACACAAACACUGGAAAGACGAUUUGAUAAACAUCAGAAAAGCAUUUCCAGUAUUGCAAAGUAAUGAUGCUGAGGAAGAUGAUGUUCUUGUAGAGGAUUUAAUGAAGGAGAAAGUACUGGAAGUAGACGAGAUAAACAACGUGAUGUUCGUAUCCGAUGCCGUUCGCCAUCUUGUGAUGAGCUUUUUUGUCCGAAAUUGUCUCCAAACUGACGAUGAUUAUAAAAAAUACCUCAAUCUGUCGUCUGUGGACUCGUUAAUGGAGUAUUCCCGUAUCUGGCGGUAUAGUCCAAAAGAAGGAGAGCGAUGCACGUAUAUACCGGAGAGCAUGGAAGAGUUGUUUAUCAGGAGACUGGGGAUAAACGCUAUACUACACGUCAUGGUAGAGGAGAGAGAGGACAUUGAUGAUGUUUAUCAAACAAGACGUACCAUUUCUGCAGUUUUGAAAGUACCCCUGGAAAUCCUUGACUGGGAUUAUGCUGCGCGAAGCAGAUACGCAGAAUGUGUCAAGAAAGGAACUCAAACAAUACACAGAGCUUGUGCAAUGAUAGUUGGAUGCGCAGGGGCUGGAAAAUCUACUUUGCUUAAACGUCUACAGAAACGAAGUCUGGACGAAUUGAAUCAGAUUCAGUCUACAGUAGGACUAGAAGUACACGAAUACAUAUUUGAGAUUGCUCCAGAAUCUGAUUGUCUAAAAGAUCUACCAGUUGACACAGAUAAAGAGGAGAAGCGACUCUUGAGUGUUGUGGACUUUGGUGGACAGUGCGCCUAUUACGCUUGUCACCAGGUCUACCUCAACAGAAGAGCCUUCCAUCUUCUCGUUCUCAACAUGUCUAAGAGAUUUGAUGAGAAAGUUGACCCCUCACUAUGUGAACAGGAAGGGACCAUGUUUACUGACUGGUCUUAUGGCAAAUACAUGUUGUUCUGGUUGAAGUCAAUACAUACCUACUGUGACAAUGACGCCCCGGUUAUCAUUGUCGGAACUCAUCUAGACCAAGCCGUAGGACAGAACUCCAAUAUGUUGUACAACAGCAUACUGUGUUACCUCCAAUUCGACAAACACUUAACGACACACCUAGAUAGAAACCGCUGCUUCGUUCUAGGUUUUAAGUCGGAUGGUUCAUCAUUCCAGGACACGCUAUCCGACCUAGAGAAGUGUAUGGUUUCAAUUGCUAAACAAGAUAGAUGGAGGGAAACCAUUCCUACAGACUGGGCACUGUCUGAAGUUGUACUCCGAGAACUCAGAGGACGGGGGAAAAGAAUGACAUCAGUUAAAAAACUAUCGGAAAGUUGUUUUGGGGAAAACAAAAAGAAAUACACACAAAUCAGAGAUAUCCUGAAAUUUUACCAUGAUACAGGCGUUAUACUACACUUUGAAGAGAGCUCUCUUGUCGAAAAUGUCAUCAUUGACAUCCAGUGGUUCGUUGAUUCCUUUAAGAACAUAAUAACCGAUCUAAACCAUGUCAGGGAUAUUGUCGACAAUCAUAGCGAUUGGAAGGAUUUUAACGAAAAUGGUCACAUACAAGAUAUUAUCUUGACCAAAAUUUGGAGCAAUCAGAACUUUGAAAUAAAUCCCCUUGACAAAACAAACUUGUUACUUUACAUGGAACGUCUUGGUCUCAUCUUUAUUGGUCAACAGGCGCAUUACAUUCCUUGCAUGAACAAGAGAUCAUUUGCCAUCGAACAACAGAGAGAUUUGCAAUCCAUUCAAAGCAAAACAUCAGUAAUGGUCUUUCGAUUUCCCUUUCUGCCAUAUUUCGUUUAUUUCCGUCUGAUUGUUGCUUGUCUGAAAAGUCGAGAAUGGAGAUUACCAAUAGACGAACGCUUAUCUUUAUAUAAAAAUCUAGCGUGUUUUGUCUAUAAGAGCCACACUGUAGCCCUUGCUGUGAAUGAAUACUCCAUUCAACUUCAAGUUUUUCAUCGCCAGAAAGAUCUAAUCUCAAAAACUGUCACAUUGGAAAUUCGUGACGAUAUUGAAAGAUUACUGAAUGAUUUAACCAGUAACUUUCACAAGAAAAUCACGUACACUGUAGGAUAUCAAUGUUCAAAACAGGAAGUGUUUCGGGAACAUGAUGACUGUUUUGUUGAAGAGGCAAAAAUCCACGGGAAAGGCAAGCAGACGUGCCCAAUACACGAAGCAGAAAAUCAUCAUAUCCUAAGGAAAUCAAACCUCCUACAUUAUUGGAAUAAGGACGUUCGGGACAAACCAACAAGUGUGUCCAUUGUUUUAUCUGAGAAAGAUCUGUCGAAGUUCAACAAGGUGAUUGGAAAUGAUAUGGAAUUGAUUGCCACCUGCUUGGGAUUAUCACAAGUGGAGAUAGAUAGAUUGAAGAGGGAAAAUCCUACUUCCAUGAGUACUGUGGUACACAAAAUCCUUGUCACAUGGAAACGCAAAAUGGGCCCUACAGCAACACUGGAGAACUUGGAAAAAACUUUACAGGACGCAGAAAGAGACACUGGUGCAAACGUGGACUGGGAUGUGUUUAAUCGAGCAAAGACGGUUAUUCUGAAAGUAAGGAAUGAACUGACGCUGUACACACGAGCCUGCGAAGGCGGAACUACGCAUGUAAAUAUGUUGUAGGUUGAUCGAUUCAAUAAUCAACCUAAGGGAACGACCCUGAUCAUAUAUAGUUUUUUUUGGAAUUAUUUUUCGCGAUAUAUUAUUGUGUGUCAAAAAAAACGGUCUAUACGGAUGGUUACGUGUGAUUAACACUUUUACUAGAGAACAUAUAUUUCAGUUCGGUAUUAUAACUUAAUUAUUCGGAAUACACGAAAGUUUAAAGGUCAAUUAUAGUAUAAAACAAUCUUAAUCCCAGUACAUUUUACAAACCAUGACAUAGUGCUGAUCGGUUUUCCUUCAAAAUCUUUUUUAAUAUUAAUUUUUUGGUUUACAAAGCAAAGUCAAACAAUAACAGAAAAUCGUUGCUAACUUUUGUUUGUUUGUUUUUUUUUUUUGUUUUUUUUUUUGUUUUUUUUUUUUUGUUGUUUUUUUUUUUUUUUUUUUUUUUUUUGUUCAAACGUAACAAAAUUUAUCCUCCAGCCCAGCGUAAGUCAUGAAUGGUACUUUUUAGAUAAACAAUGCGUAUUUAUUUUGCUGUUUGUAGUAUGUGGUUAGCUGAUGUCAAUCUAUCAUAGGUAACACUGUCAGUAUUGUUGUCGCGGUGUACAGUAUUAUGCAUUAUGUUGUACAUUUGGAUCUUCGUAUUCUUGUGUAGUCCACACAGAGAACAGUGUAGUACAAUGACAGGAAGCCAGAACGCUAUCAUCAUCAUUUCAAAUUUUUGUUAAUGAAUUUUGCACUGACUUUUGCAGGAAUCAUUUAAUGAUCAUAUAACAGAUUCGCUUGUAUGUAAAUUUGUCACAGUAAAUAAACGUUAGCAGAAAUUGCAUAUAAAUGUUUGUUUUCACUGAAUUUUAGUACUUGUAAAUACAUGGAAUUGUACUUGUAUAGAUAUAUGUCACUAAAUUGGUAAAAUAUGUCUGUAUAAACAUGUAAUUAUCGAAUGUUUUUGCUUUGUGUGUAUUAUUGUUGACACAUUUGUAGAAUAAAACUGAUGGUAGGGUUGCAUCAUGCCUGUGUAGUCAGUAUUAAACAAAUAUCUUUGUCAAUAUUAAAAUGUUCGUUAUUUAUGUACAGUCUAGAUAUUUAGCACUUGUUUCAUAAUUGCAUUUUUUUGUAUUUCAUAAUCUGAAAAGGAAUCAUAACCUAUUAGCAAAUAAAAAUAAUAAACAAGAGUAAAAAAAUAAAUAAAAAAAAAAACAACUAAAAAAAUGAAAUAAUUUAUCUACAGUAUAGAUUCAUGUUUGUCAACCGAUUUCCUGCUUAGCCAUGGUACGUUCAUGAUGAGGAUUUAAUAUUUUACAGGUGGAAAUACAAUUUCUAAUGUUAGCGAUGCAGCUGAUUAGCUCCUUGUAUGAUAUUUUAUACACAAGAUAAAUUAUAAUACAAAAUAUUACAAAAUCUGAAGAUGUCGCUACUAACAUUGCCAUCCAUGUUUUAUUCAAAUUAUUUGUUAAGUGUACACAUUUUGAUUUUUUUUUACAAAAAUUAUUCAUUUCUUUGAUGUAUUUUACCCCAACCGCUUAUGUUUCUGACCAGUCAGUCGGCCAGUUCCUGUCUUGUCAGCGCAACUGCUAUAUCCUAUGUAGCAUCACUGUUCAUUAUAUGCCAAGCAAU